AUGCAUUUCUCGCCCCUCCAGCUGACCCUCCUGGUAGUGCUGCUCAUAAAGUUCUUUUCUCACGCACUGCGAAAUUAUAAGAAGGUUAAUGUGAAGUCAUAUAUCCAGGUAUGGCUAGAGAGGAAACACCCCAGUUAUACUAUCCGACGGGAAAAGAAAAAGUCGAACUACCUUUUGCCCGAGAGGAAGAGAAAAUGGUGCAGUUCGUUCCAAUUGUUCAGCGAGGAUUCAAAGGAUGGGCAUGGAAAUGGCGGCGAUGAUGAGGAGGGGGAAGACAACCUGGAUCAUGACAACCCCAACGAUGGGGACCUGCAGGAGGAUGAAAUUUCUUACGAAGAUGUGGAAGAAUAUCUGAAGAAGAAUAAUUUUGAAGCAGCACGAGAAGAUGAUGAGGGAAAAAAAGAAAUUAUUAAAUUGAUUAACUAUCUCCCAACUUUAAAAAAUGAAGAAGAAUUUUUUUCCAAGUUUGGCUACUCCGGUAGCGAGAAAAGGUCUAUGGAAUAUUAUUUUAAUGAAAUGAAAAAUCUUAAGGAGAAGAAGCAGAAGAAGAACCACAACAUUUUAAAUUUUAUUCUAUCCUAUUAUUUGAAGAGAAAAAAUGGGAAUUCGCAGAGCGCCUUGAGGAAUUAUCAGAGUGUGCAGUCUUACUACGACUACAUUAAUGAUGUGAUGCAUAAUCGAGGUGCCUCUCUCUCUGUACCCAGCGCGCAACCAUCCAAGAAGGACAACAUUUUUUCCAGGAAGACGCUGUGUAAUUUUAUCUCCUUCUACCUGAAAAACGCAAACAUUAUAAAGUACGCCUGUUUUCUCUUCCUUAGUGGAUUGUUGACCUUUUCCUUGAAGGAACUCAUAAGAUGCAUCAAACUGGAGGAAAUGUUCCUGUUAAGAAACCACUUUCACUUGGUCUACAAACUAAAAAAUUUGCAUGUGUGUAAAAUAGGGGCCUUUUCCAUGCUACUGAAUUUUUUAUUUAUAAAUAAGUACAAUCAAUAUUUCUGCGUGACGGAAGAUUUGUUCGGAAUUUUAUUUUCCAAUUAUUUUGCCUACGAAGGGAUAAAUAAUUUGACCAAGAGGAAGAUCGAGGAAUUCAUGCUAAAGUACAACUACACCUUGGAUGAUGUUCUAAACUCCAUGAAUGAAAUGUUCUCUCACUACUUGUAUAAGCAAAUAUGUACAAAUGAAACGAUGGAUGGAGAUGUCCUUCUUGUGUUGAACUCCUUUGUGCGUCUGUAUCAUAAGCUGUUCCGAAACAACAAAGAAAAUAUUAAAAAUAUUAUAAGCCUUGUGGCAAACAAGUACAAUGCGAAUUCUAUCGAGAAAGGAGAAAAUAGGGAUUCUAUCCUUUCGAGAAUUUUUUAUAUUUUUUAUUUGUUGAAUGUUAUGUUUAAAUAUGAUGUGGAUUCAGUGCAGAGGCUGAAUCUCCACCGUGGGAAAAGUCUACACAUUCCUUUUUUCGCGCGGCACAACCGCAUCUCUAACUACUUCCUCCUGGAACAUAUAGCACAGCAGAUGGGGGUGAAAGAAAAAACGAUCAAUGACAGUUUGCUCCAAACGAUGAAGAGAAACUACGAGGCUCACAUCCGGGGGCUUCUCAGUAACAAGAAGAAUUCCAGUAGUGUCCUGGAGGAUGUGAAAAAAAUUGACUUCCUUACUUUGGAUAAUGCCAUUUUGGAGGAUGUGCACAAAGAAAUUUUCGUCAGCAUGGUUAAGGGAAUUAUGGAAGAUGGGAAUUACCAGCCUGUGUAUUUUAUUUCCCUUGAGAAGGAGGGUAAAGUUGAGACCAAUGGGCUAGCAAGUGAGGGUGGUAAGGCGGGUGAAAAGUACAUAGGUGAAGAGGAAGACAAUUUGGGAGAUGCCCCCUUGGGAGGAGAAGAUAUUGUUGUGCAUGAGGAAGGUGACAGAGCGGACCAGUAUGACGAUUCAACUGACCUGGAUGACGACGCCAGGGAGGAAGAUGCAUCCAUAGGCGACUCGGACGACAAUAUGUACAGAAACCUGGAGAGUAGUGUGGAUUACAUUGUUAAUGAGGAGGCGGAAAAAUCAGGAAAAAAUCAAGACAAGAAAGAUAUCAUUGCAGAGAAGGAAAAAAAGGAUCUGGAGGAAAAGAAACUCUUCCUGAACAAAUGGAAUGAUAUAAAUUUCUUAAGGAAAUAUUUACAUAUGGAUAAAAAAUACAUGGACAAAUAUCUGGAAAAGUACCUCUACGAUUAUAUCUACAGGGAGUACAGAAUUUUAAUUAACAAUUUAAUUUUUAAGAAAAUGAAGAACAAAAAUGAUAAUUUAUUUUUUUUGAAAAAAGGAAUAUCCAUAUCGAAUGCCGCAACGGAAAAUAUAAUAAAAAAUAUUUUGGUUAAUUUUGUAAUUAAAACCAAGGAAAAUAUUGGCAUUUUUUUGAAGCUGGAAAAUAUGGAAAAAUGUCUACGCCUUAUACACAAUUUGAUUUAUGUGUAUAAGAAAAUAAAGAAGAAAAAAAAAUUAUUGAAAGUUCCAAGUGGCGAUCUUUUUAGCCUGGACGAUCUGUUCGCGUUUAACUGUUAUAAGUCGCUGGACCGGAGCGGCAAGGCGGAGGGAGCGACAAAGGGAGGAUCUGAGGGAGGAACACCUGGGCAAGUGUCAACUGGAGAUGGAGAAACCGGGGAGGGAGUUGCUGCUAAUGGAUCAUCCCCGGACGAGCUGUCUGUUAUGGAAUUACCCCCUGACGGAAAAGCGAAGGAAGGCCUUCCCACCGAGGCGGACGAGGAGGAGUUACUCAAAAGGAUCAUCUACAAAGAUCACCUUGAGGGAGAAGACGGAGGAGAUGGAAAAGAUGGCAUACUCUCCGAAGAGGAUCGAAAAAAAUUGUACGAAGAAUUUGUAAUAAAACACAUGAAAAAUCAAUCAGAAAGGAAAAUCUUGAAAAUAAUUUUUAACUUAAAUUACGACCAAGUAGACAGGGAGGUGGAAGAUAACAUCAUCAAAAGGUUCUUAGACAAAAUAUGCGCAAAGUAUUUAAGCAAAAUGAAAGAAGUGGAUGACAAGUACAAAAUUAUUGGGCAGGAAAAUUUGUUCGAUUAUAAAAAUAUCAAUUUUAUGGAGUCCUUGGACGGGGAGAAAUACAAGAAGGGCCACAAAAAAGGGGGAGAAGGAAGUGUAUCCGAGAAGGAAAAUUUCAUCAUUCGGAAGGAAGAUAUUUUUGACCACAUCGAUGACGAUUCAUUUGAAGAAAUUUGCAAAAAAAUGUACAUAAACAAAAUUAAGGAAGCCAAAAAAAAUCUAUACCAAAUGAGAAAAAAUUUAUAUAUGUAUGAAAUAAUAUUGAACAUGAAGAACGCUCAAGAAAUACACGAUAUUUUCCUCAUUGAUGAAUAUGAAAAAAUGAUUAAGGAUAUUAUAAAAACGAAUAUAUUAAAUAAGAAUUAUAAGAAUAUAAAAAAUGUGUAUUUAAAAAAAAUUGUUAACUUUUUAAAUUUGUCUGAAGAAAAAGCUGCUGACGUUGAAAUGAGGUGUAUUUAUUUGCAGACAUAUGAAAUAUUCUGCUCGGUGAAGGAGAAUUUCUACAUUUAUAGGAGCGACAGCGAUUUUGUGAAUAACAUUAACGAGAUUCUCACCAUAUAUAAAAACUUCGACUUGAUUAAAUCACAGGGAAAACAGUACUAUGUCAAGUUUUCCCUUAUGGAGUCCAACUACAAUUUGCUCCAUCGCAUUAUCGAGCGCUAUGUUCUUUACGUUAUUGAUUUGAUCAACGACGAAAACAGAUCCCUGUACAAGGAAAACAUUUUUCGACUGGCUGCAAUUUUUCGCGUCAACCCCACUGUGAUCGAUGAGAUUGCGACUAGAAUAUACAAGAAAUACAUCGAAAGCCAAGACCUUCAUGCCAUGAAUAACAUGGACGCCUUUUUCUCCUUCCUCUUUAACAUGGAGAAAGAGAGGCAGUGCGAAAUAGUUCUGGAGCACCUGAGGAAAAAAGUCGACACGGAUUUAGCCUCCGGCGAAAGCUUCCAAGAGAGGAUGCACAAAUUGUAUGACAUUAUAUUCUUUAUAAACAACAAUCUACAGAUAAGGAAGAACAUUUUCGAGGUGUCUUCGGUCGGUGCGGAUGCUGUGUAUGCUUUCUUAAGUGCCUGUAUCGAGGAGUACCUCCAUGUCAAGAAGACAGAGGCGUUCAUUUCGGAUCAUCGCGAUUACCUAAACCACUUGAACAAUUGUUUGAGCAAAAUAAAGAUGCUCAUAAAAGGGGAUCAGGAAAAUGUGCACAUGAGUCAUGUCAUAAAUGUUUUGAAGAAUGCCAUCGUCAGAAAAGCCAUUUCCCUUUUAGACAAGUUCCAAUACGAUAUGUGUGUAGAAGAAAUUUAUAACCUGAUCAAACUACAAAUGGUCGAUAGCAGCAGUAACUUCGCAGAUGUGGAUAUCGAGAAGAGAAAAAAACUGGUAAACAUAUUUUCCUACCAAAAUAUUAGCGAUGAGAAGAAGUUCCUCUACAUGGACAUUUUGAACAAAGCCUUAUUGUAA